UGUUAUUGCUAAAACCACCGGCAAAAACUGCAGCCAUUGGUUUUAUUUCCAAAACAUUUGGCUUUACUUUAUACUAUCCCAGCGUCCCUCCCUAUAUAAACAAGAAACCUCGUGCCAAUUAGGCCAUCGGAGUACAAGAGUCUUUACAAAAGAACCAGAGAAGAUUUUCUGAAGAAAACAUUGAAGAUGAGUUCAAAAAGCAAAGCUUGGAUUGUGGCAGCCAGUGUUGCAGCAGUUGAAGCCUUGAAAGAUCAAGGGUUCUGCAGAUGGAACUACACCAUCAGAUCAUUACACCAACAUGCCAAGAACAAUAUCAGAUCAGUUUCUCAGUCGUCCAAGAAGUUGUCUUCUUCAUCUUCUGCUGUGGUUUCAAGCAAAUUAGCAGAUCAGAAAACAAAGCAAUCUGAGGAAUCUUUAAGGACAGUUAUGUACUUGAGCUGUUGGGGUCCCAAUAACUGAGCUCAUCAAGAGUUGCAGUGAGUUUUGAAGGUUUGCAUGAGGAAUCA